AUGGACCCUCUGGACAGAGCUCAAGUUCUCCUCCUCUGUGACCUGCGUCAAAAAGCUGCAUUACAGAGUCAUUGUGAACUUUGUCAGAUAAACCUGUGUAAGGCCUGUGUAGGGGAGCAUCUCUCUGAUUCAUCCAAAAGACACAAAGUUGUACCAUACAAACACAGAAAACCCACUCAUUACGUUAACUACCCAAAAUGUCCAAACCACACCCAGAAACACUGUGAACUUUACUGUGAGAAAUGUGACAUUCCUGUCUGUUCUACCUGUAUCUCCUCUGAAAUUGCAUUUAAUAUCAAGACUGAAAAGGCUGAUCUGGAAAAACAUUGUGAGAAACUGACAACAGUUGUUUCCAAUCAAGGUGAAGCAUGGCAAAGUGAAAUAGACAUUAUUGUCAAAAAAAGAAAAUGUGAUAUUGCUCAGAUAAAAACUAGGGUCCUGAAGGCUCUAGAUGAGAAGGAAAAUGAAAUAAAUCAAAUGAUUUCUGAGCUAGAAGAGAACAUUACUUACCUAAAGGAAAUACUGGGCUCCGAUGACGAAUCUCUGAUAUUUACAUACAUAUCCAGGAAUGCUGGAUUUAGAAGACCACCUCCUAAAAUCAAUGUAUCACUUCCAAGAUUCUCUCUUCCUCAGAUCAACACAGAACAGCUCCAUCAAAUGUUUGGUUCUUUAUCAGCAUUAUUCAUUACAACAGAGGAACAUGGCUACACAAUGAAGACACAAGAAGCUGAAUACUGUCCUCUACUUAAACCACUGCUUGAUGAACCAGAGCUCAUCACCACCAUAGACACUGGGUAUAAAACACCACACAGUGUCACCUGCAUCGAUGAUGAAGAAAUCUGGACCAGUGGACAAGACAAAAUCAUGAAACUCUACAACCUCCAGGGCAAACUACGGAAGUCAAUCAAAACCAAGUCUCGGUCAAUUGACAUGGCAGUGACAAGGAGUGGAGAUCUAGUUUAUACUGACCCCGAACUGUUAACAUAG